UCUCUUUCCUAUGAGUUAAUUCCAAUGAGUAUAUCUCACGAUGCCAUAUUUUUGAUAACUAACAGUGGAGUACGGCAUGCGCAUGUGGGAGGAGAAUAUGCCAAAAGAAGAAGUACUGUAGAAAAAGCUCUUCGAAUUUUGAAUGUGGCAUCGUGGCGCGAUGUGACACAUCAGCUUAUUCAAGAGAAAUCCCAUCUUUUUGAUGCUUUCACAUUGGAUUGCGCCUUGCAUGUUGUUGACGAGAUUGAUCGGACGGUAAAAGCAAGUGAAGCACUUCUAGAUAAUGAUAUUACUCAUUUUGGACGAUACAUGUGUGAAGGUCACAGUUCCCUAAAGGAUAAAUACCACGUAUCAUGUCCAGAAAUUGAUGAGUUGGUAUCACUAACUUUGUCAUGUGAAGGCGUUUUUGGUUCACGAAUGACUGGUGGUGGCUUCGGUGGCUGUACGGUCACGCUUGUCAGAAGGGAGAAUUUGGAAGAUGUGAAAAAUUAUAUAAAGGUGAGCAAAAUGAUUUAG